UCACGCAUCGACAUACUUUUCCGCAUUCGAAGCCAUCAGGGAGAGGAGACGAAUCCUCUAGUCCACAAAGAUUGAUCUCUUUGUCCCAGUCCAGGAGCGGACCGGGACAAGAGGAUCAGAAGAUCCGGUUACUCCCGGAAACAAACUAACGGCCGUGAUAUCUAUCAUAUCCCCAAGGCUUCCUCCCUGCCCACCCACCUCCAUGGCUUCUCUCCUCUCUCCUUCUGCUUCUCUGCUGGGCCGUGACCGUCUGCACCUCGCCUACCCCUCCGCAUCGCCUCGGAGGGCCGGCCUGCAUCGCCUGCAACCGAUCAAGGCCUUCAGCUCUGCCGAUCCCCCUAAGGAGACUCCUGCCAAAACCACCACCGAAGCUACCAAGCCGCCUGCCCCGUCUCCCCCCAAGAAGCCUGUAUAUUCAAUGAAAAAGGGGCAGAUUGUAAGAGUGGACAAAGAAAAGUACCUAAGUAGCAUCAAUUAUCUAUCCGUUGACCAUCCUCCUUAUUACAAAGGGUUGGAUUACAUAUAUGAAGACCGUGGGGAGGUGCCUUUCAUUCACUACACUUGUUGGUUCUGGACAUGCGAAUUUUUGAGACCGGAGAAUAUGCUCUUCACAGGUUGCUUGGGUUGGCAUUCCCACUGCACCAGCAUGGCUACCUACAUACAUGCUGAUCAAGUCGGAGAAACUCGAUUAUGAGAGAAUAUGAUCUUGGUGGAGACUUAGCAUCUUGUAUCAACGGUAACAAAAAGUGGAAAAACUUUGCAAAGGUAAAGAUUUUCUCCGUUCUUUUGUCAGCGUUGUCUUCUUUUAUGUUCAAUGUAGAUCUCUGAUGAGCAUAAACAUCACAAUGAAUCCUGGAAAUGUAUAUUUGUAAAAACUUAAGAUUGCUGGUACAUUAGACUA